UCGUCGGCAUCGUACACAACAGCGCACCAACAUAAGAUCAGCAAGAGAUACUGGAAUCGCGCUUAUCGAAGAAGGAACUUUUGAGUUGCAGUAUUCGAUAUUUAUCUCUGUUCAUGUUGCCUUGACUUCACGCUGUGCUUCCUGAGCGUUCUUUCCGUUUCGCUUUCUCAGACCGCAGUAAUCAGAAGCGGUUUCUUCGAGACGUUUACGGCAUGGAAGACGACGGCCUGUUCGACGAGGACCCCGACUUGUAUGAGAUCACGGAUUUUACAACAUCGACGGAAUGGGAAAGGUUUAUUGCUUCAGUGGAAGCAGUAAUUCAUGAAUGGAAACUCACAACAUUAAGGACCCUAGAGCCAUUGAAAGAGGGUGAGCUUUCAGGCACCAACUGGAAGACCUGCUCCGAGGGCAUAAAGUUUGCCAGCUUUGCAUUCAAAAUCACGAGGCAUUACUUAGAAGAAGCUUCAAGAAGCUUAGAGGGAAGUCAACAUCUUGAAGAUGAACCAGCCCCCUUUGCCCUAGAAGAUAUGAUGACAUUAGGCAAUGAUUUUCCACCCAGGGCUCAUUAUUUGGUUCGAUGGUUUGGCUUGCGAGACUUUUUAGUUAUAGCACCAAGCAGUGAAGAAGAAGCUAUCUCAAGUGAAGAUAGAACGAAACUUCUUGUCAGCUCUGUUUCUGUAGCUCUAAAUAAUUCUAAGUGUCCACUGCCAGCGUUUGUGCAGGUCCAUCACCCUCAAGAGCGACUGUGCUUUGGCGUAUGUGUUGGGAGUGGAUUGACUACACACUUUGAGAUGGUACAUCUUAACCAUGUCCCGAAGCCCUGCAGCAACGUGUCUGGCCUCCUGUCACUCUUCAAAGGAAAGCUGUCGUAUGCGUCGCAACAAAGUCCAGCACCUAUUCAAUUGACCAUUCGGUUUACCUACAUGCUGCAAGACUGGUCCCCAGCUUCAUGGCCACAGCUUCCAUCUGAUGUGACUGAGGACUGGUUCGACAUUGGCAAUCUUAAACUUGGGAUAUUGCCAUUCGGUGCCUUGGAAGAUCCCAUCUCGGAAAUGCAGCUUUCUGUUACCUGGCCCUCAGUUCCGGAGGAUGUUGUUGUGGAUAAUGAUGUCUACAGUGAUCUUCGACCAGAAAAUGCUCCCAAGUGGUCAAUCCGUAUGCGGUGGAAAGAAAACCCUGACUGUCUCAUGGAAGAGUACCUGAGGAACUUCUUUGUGGUAUGUCAAAUGACAGAUACACUCGACGAUGUGCUCAAGAUUAUGGUUCAGACGGAAGACUUCUCUGCCAAGGCUGAAAUACUUGAUGCAUUGGAUCGACUGGCACAGCCCAAUGCUCUGCCUUUUCGACUGCCUCAGCUGCCUCAGCCGGAGGUCUCCCUAGAAAGCCCACGUAACAUGCUUCUACAAAAUCAAGAACUGCUCAUUGAAAUUCUGGGCUAUGUAUUCUUGUCUUCAGAUGCCACUCCUCAAGAAAAGAAUGUGAUGGCUGAAUCUCCAGAAGUUGAGUCACCCCCGGAGGCAGACACAAAUACUAAGCUCUUGGAACUGAAGGAAAGCCUGAAUUCAUUGAAGACGACCCAUCCAAACAGUCUCCUUUGGCGUCUAGCCCUUGCGGCAGCACACGUGUACCAUGCGUGUGGGGGCAUCGAAGCACUUGCGCAGCUUUGGGUCAGAGUAAUUGCAGAAAUGCGUUACUACUGGGAAAACAACCUCACUCUACCAAGCCUCGAGCCUGGCGCACCCAACCUGGCUGCUUCCAUUCUCCACCAAAAGCUUCAGAUGCUGAACUACUGCAUCGAAAGGAAGAAGAAACGAGACCGGCGCGCUGCGGACGAGUCUGGCUCCCAGCCCAAGUCGGGGUCAAGCGAAAGCGACGAGGAUAUAUUCUACGAGUGUCCUGACGACGUCGCCGCAGAAGGUGACAGGGGCGAGUUCGGGGACAAUACCGCCAUCGUGGGAAACGGCUCGAAGGAGUGUGCGACAAGCAGCACAGGUGAACAGGAAGCGGGGCGCGAGGGCGUACUGCGGCGGUGUGGCGACAUGACGCUGCUUGGAAGCAGCGAGCCCCUCUACAUUCCUGUCACGCAGGAGCCGGCUCCUAUGACGGAGGACAUGCUGGAGCAGCACGCUGAAGCACUGGUCAAGCUGGGAAGCAACCCCGAAGGUGCUGUGCUGCGUGCGCGCAUGCAGAGCGCCUGCCUCUUCUCCGACAUGGAGGCCUUCAAGGCAGCCAAUCCAGGAGCAUCACUGAGUGACUUUGUGCGCUGGUACUCUCCACGUGACUGGGUUGCACCAUUAGUGGACCAGACAACUGGACAAGUGAUAGAAGAGGGCCACUUGAGUCAUCGUAUGCAGCUACCAGGGAACACUUGGCAGGAGGUUUGGGAGACUGCACGUCCUAUGCCUGCACAUAGGCAGAAACGCCUUUUUGAUGACACCAAGGAAGCAGAGAAGGUGCUGUAUUUCCUCCUGUCACUGCAUCCUGCUGAGAUGGUGAAGCUCUUGAUGCCCAUUUUAAUCCACUGUGCUUUAGCACACAUCAUUGAUCAUGCCCACGAGGGUCCUCGUUCUUUGACAACAUUCCUGGAGCAAACUAUAUCCAAAGUGGCUUCACAACUCAGAGGGAAAGAACCAAAGUAUAAGGAACUUCUGAGCUUGCUCUAUGAAGCCGAAGUAGCAAUCGCACGGUGUGUGAGCCUCCGGAAGAAAUUUAACCUUGACCACGGCACUGCAGACCCUUCAGCCACAUCAUCUGGCAGUGGUGGUUCACACCGUCAUGCUUCAAGUGUUUCUGCACAACUAGGAGGUGCAAGAAACCAGACUGCAAUUGAUGUGAAUAAGUUCGUGCUGGACCUUGUUGACAAUCCAGAGGUCUCAAUACCAGGUGCAGGGAAAGGCUCCGUUGGGAAGCUAGUUUCUCAGCUUUUCGUUGACUCUAUGAAGGAAAACGAUACAGCUUCAGAAGGGGAAGAGAAUGGUGAAUGCAAGUUCCCCAGCCCAGCAGCACGCGAGUACAUUCUACGCACAAGGCACAGUCGGCCCACGCCCGCUGCAAGGUUGACCCCACAACGCAUGUUCUGUGUCAUGGCAGAAAAUGACUUUCGCCUGGCAGGUGCAUUCACCCAUGACACAAUUUUUUACUAAUGUUCCGAGACUACCACUACAUCUUUUUUAAAGUACUCAUGGGUUUCUAACUUUUGGUGUUUAAGCUUAACCUAAUCUCCUCUUGUGGUGUGAUACAGUUACACCUGUUUAUAACAAACCUUCAUAUAACGAAUUCCUCGAUAUAACGAAGUUUCUCUAUUUCCCGCUGUCGCUCCAUAGAAGCAUCUGUAUUUGCGACCUUUAUGUAACAAAGCAACAGCGGGAGACAACCUGGAUAUAACGAAUUUGCCCCACGGUAAAUCUAGGAAUUUUGCUGUGCAUUUUGUCAUUUUGGUACAAGCAUGCAUCUUCCGCAGCUGCCCGGCCACUGACUAAGCGCGAAGUGGGCACGCGGAUCGCGUCAGCGUGAGGCGGGCCUGCACCCCACGAGCCUGCGUUGCAGCCUUUCUCGCCCCUGGGUGUGCCCCCCCCCCUCCCCUACUAAAAAAAAACUACUUUUGCGUGUUGGCAGUGCCAUGCUUUUAGGUAGCGUCACAUAUGUAGGGCCGCGCUGAAUUCGGAGGGUGCUUUACCGAAUAGAGAGAGAGAGAGAAACGUCUUUAUUCACAAAAGCAUGGAGAAGGAGGGCGUGGGAGGAACCCCUAGUUCGGGGUCCCUAGGACGACUCCAGCGACGAGUCGGGCCCGCUGUAUCAGAGCACGGAGGACCUCGCGAGGUCCAUCGCAAAAAGAAUCAUCCCACA